AUGUUGAAGAAGUCACAAGUAAUGACGACCGAAGUUUGUUUAACUUUGCCCACUCAAGGGAAAAUUUGUCUGAGAAUUAAAAUUACAACUGAGAGCCAGUGGAAGAAAUUUUGUGAUGUAUUAAACAAAAGAGAAGCUUAUGACAGAAAAUGCUUUCAGCAUUGUGGAAAUGCUUUCAUUAAUUUAAUUAAAUUUAUUCAUCAUAAUGAAGCAAAGAGUUUUGUGUCUUGA